AUGACUUCUUCAAGUGGGACAACGUUGCAGGAACUUUUCAAAGGCGAAAACAGACCUAAUAUGUUUGUAAAAUCUCCCAAGAGACAAACAAGUCAUUUGGACAUGUUAAAACGUUGCUUUUCUCAAGACUACAAAAGCGAAUUGGAAUUUCUGGGAGGAAAGCUUGCAACAUUGUGCUAUUGUGGAGCGUUUCUGAGCUUUGGCAUGUCCGAAGCGGUAAUUGGACCCACGUUACUGGAGCUGGGAUGUCAGACGGGGAAAGGAGUGAAUAGGAUUGCAUGGAUAGUGUUUACGCAAGCAUUUAGUGCAUGGUUUGGCUCACUUACUGGAGGAUUGCUAGCCGAGAGGUGAGUGAAUUAAUUUCAAAUGUCCAGUGUAGGUAGUAUUCUUUAAUAAGUUGUCGAGGUUUGUGUCUGAACUACCUGAAAAAGAUAUCUCAAACGUGGUGGUCCAGUGUAGGUAGUAUUCUUCAAUAAGCUGCCGUAGUUUGUUUCUGAACUAACUGAAAAAGAUAUCUCAAACGUGGUGGUCAAGUGUAGGUAGUAUUCUACAAUAAGCUGUCGUGGUUUGUGUCUGAACUACCUGAAAAAGAUAUCUCAAACGUGGUGGUCCAGUGUAGGUAGUAUUCUUCAAUUAGCUGUCGUGGUUUGUGUCUGAACUAGCUGAAAAAGAUAUCUCAAAUAUUUUAACCCAAUAUCUUAACCCAAUAUCUUACACAAUAAUUGCCCAUCAUUAAAGCAAUUCAAUAGAAUGACGAAACUCUUGACUUAAACCAAAACGUAUCAACAGCAAAACCACAGUAAAUGAUUGGGCAACUCGACUUUCAAGUUUGAGACAUUUAUUUCCGGUAGUUCAAACACAAACCGCAGGAGGUUAUUAAUCUGAAGAUACCUCAGCAGGAAGUCGUGUUUUGUCACUUGUUAAAUGAUUACAUUAUUUCCUUUUUUUUCACAGAUAUAACUGCAGCCGAGUGCUUGUAACAAAUGUUUUAGCUAUAAGCAUUUGUUUGGCUUUCAUCCCAGUGUGGUCAAUUUAUUACGGAAUGUUAAUCACGGUGGGAUUACUGGGAAUCAAUAUGGGGAUGAUAGAUACAGUCGCCAAUGUGAACCUAAUUAAGAUACAUGGAAGGGAGGUAGGUGAUGAAGAAAAGGUGGAAAUUGUACGCAACGAACAUUGUUGCUAUACAAAAAAAAAACGCUCCAGAUUAUUCCAGCUAUACAGGGUGUAUCAAAAUAAACGCAAUUCAUCUUUUGUGCUUAAUAACUUUCGAAAUACUAUUUCUAGUUAAACGCUUUUAGGCUUACUUCAAAGCCCGUUCUUUUCUCUUUCAAACAAACUAUUAUCCUUGUCUCCAAUGCUAGUAAUAAUUGCACAGGAAAAGAUUUAGUAAAACCUAUCAUUUUUAGUUGCUGUUUAAUUAUGCAAGUUUACUAUGUUAUUGUUUAGUCAGUUUAAAUGUUAGAAUUUUCUUCUUUAAACUUUAAUGUUGUCGUCACUACAUCUGGAAAACCACGUAAGAACAAAUUAAAAGUAUUUUAAAAGAGACCAGGUUGUUUGAAAAUCUAAACGAAUGCUAAAAAUCGUCAAAACAUUCUGGUGUCUGAGCCAGAGUGUCAUCGAAUUGCGAUGUAAUGUAAACAGAAAUUAUAGCAAGCUGAUGUCAGUCAGCUUAGAUGGUCCAAGCCAAAAUUAUAUCGCAUUUGAAGUUUCAAACUGUGUUAAAAAUAGUGGAAGAAAAGCCGUAAUUAUACUUAUUGUUACAAUCAUUUUUUUGUUUUAAUGAAAAAAUCAGUUAUUUUCAUGAGAACGAUUUGUUAUUCCAUCUCAAUUUUUUUAAUCUCCAAUCGCAAUAACGUAAAGUAUUAUUACCCGCGAACCAAUGAGUGAAAUUUAAGAAACAAUCCACUUUUAGAAAGCUGAAUGGCUACGCUUUAAAAUGAAUGUAAACUUUAACGUUUUCGUCUAUUAUUUAUUUAGCAAUUUACAUUUCGGUCGAGGAUUGCGCUUUUUUUGAUACACCCUGUAGACGAAAUCUUGAUCUAGAUAAGAAGAACGAAACCAUUACCAUAUAUAGCUGAAAAGAGCAUCUUAAAAUGAGUAAAAUUGCAAAGUUUGGUUGCGAAUUGUUGUACAAUGAGGAAAAUAUAACCCUCGGAAGUUCGCAAAUUUUGUAUAUAUUUGCAUCAUACAUGGUUAUUUUUACCACGCGUAAUACAAAUAUAUACAAAAGUUUCGAACAUCACAGAACUGUAUGCUCUUCACUGCGCAACAUUAAGCAACCAAUCUUUGCAGUUUUACUCAUUCUAAGACGCUCUUUCUAGCUGUGGUGUUGGAUUUCAUUCUUCUUGCCUUGAUCAAAAUUUAGUCCGUAGCUGCAAUCACCCAUUAAGUCUCUUGUCCGCUAGUCUCAUUUCCAGCCAUAACCCAUCCUCUUUUCCUUCAGUCCUCUAAACGAAAAUGGACUUUGUGAAUGUCUAAGAAUGACACCAAUUGUAGAUAGAUUUUGUGGAUGUAAAUCUAGAGUGUGAAUUUCAUACAAUUAUUAAGGCCCAUUUCUACUCGGGAAAAUUUUCCGCAGAAAGAAAAUUUUGUAAAAUGUGAUUGGUCGACACAAAUUUUCCGUCGGAAAAAAAUUUUGAAGUUGAAAAUUUUCAACUUUUAACAAUGAUAUUUUUGGAAAAUUUUCUGUCCGUAGAAAACUUUCUUCUUCAGUAUUAAACAAGGAAACUACCAGUAGUAGUUUUACAGCCAAAGAAAUUUGUCAAUUAAAGGCACAGUUCAGCCUUUUGAAAGAUGGUUUUUAAGGCGCAUUUCAGCCCUUUUAAUUGAAAAAACUAACUAGGAAAAUCAAUUAAGCAUAAUUCAAGAUCACCAAACUUAAUGUUUUUAACAUUUUAAAACAUUUUUAUUGUUAAAAACAUCGAGUUUACUGAUUUUGAAUUAUGCUUAAUUGAUUUUCCUAGUUAGUUUUUUCAAUUAAAAGGGCUGAAAUGCGCCUUAAAAACCAUCGUUCAAAAGGCUGAACUGUGCCUUUAAAUGUUCUCGUUAAAAAUUGUAAAAAUUUUGUGGUAUAUUACAUUUCCAAAGUUACUAACGAAAAUUUUCGUGACUUUUUACAGGUGGCGCCAAGAUUACAGGUAAGGGGAAGUUCUGAUAAUGUUAAUCUGACUCAGCAUGCCAGCUUGUGACAUCGAGUAACCAAGCAGCAGGCCUCGAAUUUAGCGGCGGCCAUGGCGGCCACUGGCCGUCGAUGCCCUGCUUGUUGGCCGCUAUGCCCUCGAAAUAUACUGAAAUCCACGGCUAGUAGUGGCCUGCCCUCAACCCCAGACUACAGUACUUAGGCUUUAGAAUACCAAGUGUAUGAUUUGUAAAAUUGGCAAUAAAUUUAAAAUAGUAUUUUAAUAAUUUAAAUGCACCUUUCCGUCAGUGUGUCUGUUGAAUCAUGUAUUAAAAUAUCCAUAGUUUUGUUUGGCAUUUUUUUUAAUAUUGUUGCUGUUCUGUAAAUUUUUCUUGUCUCAUGGAAACUCAAACGUUAUUUGAAACUUCAAAAUAGCAACUAAAUAAAAUUUUCAAACUGGCCUUGAUGCCCUGAAAAACUUAGUAACAUUCAAGGAGAAACUUAGGCUCAGAUUCCAGCCGUUGUGUUCUCACAGCUGGAAUCUGAGCCUAGGAGAAACUGGCCUUGCCUUUAUUUUUCUCAAAUUCGAGGCCUGCGCUUCAAAAGCAUUGCUCUGACACAGCACGCCUUAUUGUGAACUAAGCGUAAAUCCUGGUUUAGACUAUCAAAGUUUCUGUGAUCACAGUAGGAAUUUUGCAUUAGGUAAAUUCUAAGUUUUGAAUGAUUUGUAAGAAAUGUUUGACCAAAUUGACUUAAUGUUAAACACCGAGUUAAUUCCCUCAAACUUUUCUUACAAAUCCGUCAAAACUUAGAAUUUACCCAUGCAAAAUUCCUACUGUGAUCACAGAAACGUUGGAUUAAAAAGGAUUAAUUAAAAACACGUUCUAGAUCUCAACAAAGGCUCUGUCUCGAAACGGAAUUCAGACACAAACCACGACAACUUGAUUACUAAUAAGUUGUAGACGUUCUCUGGUCUUAAAUAUUUAUUUAGCACGAGCUCUCGACUGUCAGUCUGCAAUCUUCAACUGUUUUCUACCCGUCGAAGACUGCAGACUGGCAGUCGAAAGUUCGUACUAAAUAAAUAUUUAAAACCAGAGAACGUCUACAAACUUAUUAUGAAUGAAACCUUGGUUUCGCUUCAAACAUAUUUAAACUUCAUUACUGUAAAAAUUCAACAACAAAAAAGUUUUGCUUACAAAAAUCUUUGAACACUCCAUACAACAUCUUCUCUUAGGCUUUACAUUUCUGCUACGGCAUAGGCGCUCUACUAAGCCCUAUGAUUGUCCGUCCAUUUCUACGAGAUCAGUGCGACGGAACAGUGGUAGUUCAUAAUUCAACGAAUUCUACAAUAGAAAGAAAUCGAACAAUUUUAAACACAACGACCGUUUAUAAAGUUUCAAAAGAACCAAUCACGGUGCAGUUUGGUUAUUGGAUUAUUGCAUCAAUUCAGGUGGGCAUAGAGCGAUGAGGGUAUUUAACACCUUAAUUGCAGGUCGUAGAUGUAAUAUAAUCCUUAUAUUCGCAGCAAAUACUGGAUAACUCUAACAGUUCUCCCUUAAGAUCCAGUAAGUGUAAUCUCUUAUUGAUCCAGUGUUACUCCAGGAGGAAACCUAAACUAAACUAACUAUAUUUAUACUGGAUAGCUCUAUCAGUUCUAAACUGUUCUUCCUAGUGGUCCAGUAAGGAUCAUCUCUUAUUGAUCCAAUGUUACUACAGGAGGAAACCUAAACUAAACUAACUUUAUUUAUACUGGAUAGCUCUAUCAGUUCUAAACUGUUCUUCCUAGAGGUCCAGAAAGGAUAAUCUCUUAUUGAUCCAGUGUUACUACAGGAGGAAACCUUAACUAAACUAACUUUAUUUAUACUGGAUGGCUCUAUCAGUUCUAAAUUGUUCUUCUUAGAGGUCCAGUAAGAGUCAUCCCUUAUUGAUCCAGUGUUACUACAGGAGAAAACCUUAACUAAACUAACUUUAUUUAUACUGGAUGGCUCUAUCAGUUCUAAACUGUUCUUCCUAGAGGUCCAGUAAGAAUCUUCUCUUAUUGAUCCAGUGUUACUACAGGAGGAAACCUAAACUAAACUAAACUAAACUAAACUAACGUUAUUUAUCCUGGAUUUCAAACUUUAUCACAAUUUAAAAAGAAAAAUGCUUCUUACUUUCCACUGUAGAUCCCGAUAAUUCUUGGUCUGGUGUAUCUCAUCUUUAAACAGAAACGUCUUCGAGAAACAUUUCCUGUACCAAAUGAAGGAGAGAUUAUUUCAUUAGGAGACAACGAUUCAGAAUCGACUAGCGAGGCAAUGAAAGGUAUAAGCAUGUCUAUACUAUUUAUUCUUAUAGAGAAGAGAAUAUUGGAAUAUAUAGUAAUUACAUUGUCUCUGUUGCGCCGGGUAAAGGUGCUGUUACACUAUCCAACGAUUUGAAGUAAUGUGACAUGAGGGUACAUAUACACAAGUAAAAACGCACAAGUUGUAACAAGGUUGUUGUCAAGCCGAUAUCAGGAUGUGUUCGCACUGCUUGUACCCAGUUGUUGCAACAAGUCUGGAACAAGUUAUUAUCACCUUGUUACAAGGUUGAUGACGGUAACAGACUUGCUACAAGUUGUUCCAACAAGACUAAUACAGGCUGUUCGUAACAAGUUGCUACGAGCUUGUUGUCAUCAACUUGGUACGUGCAGACGUUAUCAGACUUAUUGGAACAACUUGUUGCGAGUCUGUUGACCUCAUUAACCUUGUUACAACUUGUUGAAUGAACUUGAUGAAAACAACUUGUUCCAGACUUGUCAACAACUGGGAACAAGCAAUGCGAACACAUCUUGUUGACAAGCUGUGAGAGUUUUUACGCGCGUAGGCCUCGACCACCAACGUCAUCAAUAUCUCUAGUAUGUAAUUUAAUCUCUUUUUAGAUCUUAGCCAAAUUUUCAAGCCUGUUAGUUUACUCCCGGCUAAAAGACCCUGGAUCACAAUCUCCGUACGGGUUUUACUUAUCACAUUCCUAUCAUCAAGUUUACUCUUCUUAUGCGAAGGUCUAAAGGUACGGCCAUACUACUUCGGGUCUUGUUGUUAAAUAUGACUACUGAACUAAAGUAAAUUUAUUUACACUGGAAAGCUCUAAAUGUUCCCUCUGUUCUUCCUAGAGGUCCAGUAAGGAACAUCUCUUCUUGAUCCAGUGUUACUACAGGAGGAAACCUAAGCUAAACUAACUUUAUUUAUACUGGAUAGCUCUAUCAGUUCUAAACUGUUCCUCCUAGAGGUCCAGUAAGGAUCAUCUCUUAUUGAUCCAGUGUUACUACAGGAGGAAACCUAAACUAAACUAACUUUAUUUAUACUGGAUAGCUCUAUCAGUUCUAAACUGUUCUUCCUAGAGGUCCAGUAUGGAAAAUCUCUUAAAAUUGAUCCAGUGUUACUACAGGAGAAAACCUAAACUAAACUAAUUUUAUUUAUACUGGAUAGCUCUAUCAGUUCUAAACUGUUCUUCCUAGAGGUCCAUUUUAAGCCACCUCUUAUCACUCUUCUUACAUGAAACUGAAGAACAGCAAUAUUCUUGUGUUUUUUUCCAGGGAAGUUAUGCGGGAUAUCUUUAUACGUUUGCUCUUAAAAGUAAAGUUCAUUUAACGAGUCGAGAAGGUGCUUUUUUGAGCGCUCUGUUUUGGGUACGUAACAAAUUUUACAGACACAACUUGAACGAUUAUUGUUUUUUGAACACAAAGGAUGCAUUGCGCCAUCAAUGACGUCAAAACACGAGCUUUAUUUUCCUAAUUCCAGGGCCAUUUUGCUGUGGGGCGUUUUAUAUCUAUACCUGUGGCAAUCUUUAUCAAACCUGACAAAAUGGUCUGCAUUAACUUGGUAAGUGGUUAAAAAUUACAACCUUGAAAUUGCAAGAACGAUGACGUAUUAGGUUAUUCCUUCAAUGGAAUUCUAUCCCAUUCUACUCGAUUCUGUUCCACUCAUUUAUAUUACUUUAAAACUCCAUUCGUUUCUAUUCAGCUCAAUUUAUUUUUCACCUAUUUUUACAACAUUUCAUCCUUCCUUACAAUUUCGAUUCAACUUGCAGAUGACAUCAACGAUUCAACUUGCAGAUUUCAUUGAAUUGUAUUCUAUUUCAUUAAUUCCAUUCCAUUGUGCUCUAUUCCAAUUCUUUCUAUUAUAUUAUAUUUUAUUUAUUUUAUUCCAUUCCAUUCUGAUCAUGCUUUGCUAUGCUAUUAUAUUUUUCUUUCCCACUUUAUUCCAUUCUAUUCUAUUCCACUUUCGCAUUCCGUUUCAUUCUAUUCUACUCUAGUCGAUUCUAAUAUCUUAUUUUGUUACAUGAGUUCAUUCCAUUAUAUUUCAGUACAUUUCUAUUUUAUUAUUGGAACACAUUUCACUAUACCAACGUCUGGUUGACACUAUCAAAGUUUCUGUGAUCACAGUAGGAAUUUUGCAUCGGAAAAUUCUACGUUUUGAAGGAUUUGUAAGAAAUGUUUGAUGAAACUCACGCCCGUAUUCUAAAAGCUCACUCACACUCAUACUCAAUGAGUGGAGGUUCAAUCUGAACUUCUAUUGAGUGUCAAUGCUGUUUUUGAAUAGCUGGAGGGCUAGUGUUGUACCUUACUAUGCGACUACUCACCCUCCAGCUAUUCAAAAACAGCACUGGCACUCAAGGGAAGCUCAGAUUGAACCUCCACUCAUUGAGUGUGAGUGAGCUUUUAGAAUACAGGAGUCAGUGUUAAACUCAUCACAGACAUCUCUGACAAAUCCUUCAAAACUUAGAAUUUACCAAUGCAAAAUUCCUACUGUGAUCACAGAAACUUUGAUAGUGUACACCAACCUUAAAAUUUCCAUUUUGCUAAACACCUAUGCCCCACGAAUCACAUACACUUUUUCUUUCCGCAACGACAGGUGGGAUGUUUAGUAUCAAUGUCAGUUGUUUUAUAUUUCCACGACAAAGCUCUUGCUAUCUACAUCGGCACAAGUCUGUUUGGAUUGUUUAUAAGCAGUGUCUUCCCAUCAACUUUGGCUUUGGCAGAGUUAUAUAUUAAUGUGACAGGUAGGUUUUCCCUUAGAAAAUACAUCCUAAAAUCUUUGAUGCUUUCUUUAAUGCUUUCCUGGCUUGGCCACAUUGCUGUGGAGAAUCUGAUUCCCUGGUACACGCGUAAAAAUCUCACAACUUGUCAACAAGAUGUGUUCGCACUGCUUGUUCCCAGUUGUUGACAAGUCUGUAACAAACUGUUAUCAUCUUGUAACAAGGUUGUCGAGACCAACAGACUCGCAACAAGUUGUUCCAACAAAUCUGAUAUCGUCUGCACGUAACAAGUUGUUAACAAGUUGAUGACAACAAGCUCGUAGCAACUUGUUGAGAACAGCCUGUAUUAGUCUUGUUUGAACAACUUGCAGCAAGUACGUCGCUGUCGUCAACCUUGUAACAAGAAGAUAACAACUUGCUCUAGACAGGGGCGUAGGAAGCUUCUCAAAGUUGGGGGGGCAGGCUUUGAGGGGCACUUUCCGAAUAAAAAAGGGCAUCUAAAAACUGGGGGAAGUCUCAAAAACUUUUUCCGGACAUACCAAAAAAAAUUUUUCCGGAUAUAUAACAUUUUUUUUCCUAAAUAUGAAAAAAAAUUUCCGGAUAUACCCAAAAAUUUUCCGGACAUAUCAUAUUUUUCCCGCAAAUGAAUAAAAUUUUCCGGAAAAUAACAUAAAUUCAAGUUUUCAAACUAGUGCACUUUGGGCAAAAAAAGGCAAUCCUUAAGGCAUUUUUCACGCAAGAAAAGGUCACUUUGCUCCCGGAAAAAGGGCACUUGGCAAAACUUGUGGGGGGGGGGUAGGCCCCCCGGUUCCUACGCCCCUGGUUCCUGACUUGUCACAACAACUGGGAACAAGCAGUGCGAACACAUCCUGAUAUCGGCUUCACAACAACCUUGUUGACAGCAAUCAACUUGUUUCCAGAUCUGUAACAACUUGCACAGACGUUUUUACAUGCGUAUUCUUUACGGAAAACUUUUUCCUGGUUUGGCUACCUUCGGGGAAUAUAUAUUUCUGAUUGCUAACUGAUGUUCUUACUUUACCUUUUUUCAGGUCCAGUUACGAGCGUGAUUGUGAUUGGCUCUGCCUCCGGAGAAAUGGUGAUCCCAAUGAUUGUCGGGAAG